AUGACAACGAGCAGUGCAACCUCCCAACCGAUCACCACUUCAUCUGGAGCAACUAGCAGCACCACCCAGGCCCCCACCUCUACAACCCAAUCCCAGACCGUCACCACAGGAGCCUCCACCUCCCAGUCCCCAAGCACCGCUUCUGGGGCCACAACAAUGACCACACAGUCCGCUACGACCAACAUCAACAGCCCCAGCCAGUCUGCAAGCUCCACCACCUCAGGAGGUACAGCAUUCAACACCACCACCCAGUCUCUCACAACUACAGCCACCUCAGGAGGCACUGCAGUCAACACCACCACCAACACUCAGACACCCUCCAACACAACACCAGGAGGCAGCUCAGCAUCCACCACAACCACCCAGCCUCUCACAACUACAGCCACCUCAGGAGGCACUGCAGUCAGCACCACCACCAACACUCAGACACCCUCCAGCACGACACCUGGAGCGGGAUCAGCAUCCAUCACAACCACCCAGCCUCUCACAACUACAGCCACCUCAGGAGGCACUGCAGUCACCACCACCACCAACACUCAGACACCCUCCAACACAACUCCAGGAGGCAGCUCAGCAUCAACCACAACCACCCAGCCUCUCACAACUACAGCCACCUCAGGAGGCACUGCAGUCAGCACCACCACCAACACUCAGACACCCUCCAACACGACACCUGGAGCGGGAUCAGCAUCCACCACAACCACCCAGCCUCUCACAACUACAGCCACCUCAGGAGGCACUGCAGUCAGCACCACCACCAACACUCAGACACCCUCCAACACGACACCUGGAGCGGGAUCAGCAUCCAUCACAACCACCCAGCCUCUCACAACUACAGCCACCUCAGGAGGCACUGCAGUCACCACCACCACCAACACUCAGACACCCUCCAACACAACACCAGGAGGCAGCUCAGCAUCCAUCACAACCACCCAGCCUCUCACAUCUACAGCCACCUCAGGAGGCAUUGCAGUCACCACCACCAACACUCAGACACCCUCCAACACGACACCUGGAGCGGGAUCAGCAUCCAUCACAACCACCCAGCCUCUCACAACUACAGCCACCUCAGGAGGCACUGCAGUCAGCACCACCACCAACACUCAGACACCCUCCAACACGACACCUGGAGCGGGCUCAGCAUCCAUCACAACCACCCAGCCUCUCACAACUACAGCCACCUCAGGAGGCACUGCAGUCAGCACCACCACCAACACUCAGACACCCUCCAACACGACACCUGGAGCGGGCUCAGCAUCCAUCACAACCACCCAGCCUCUCACAACUACAGCCACCUCAGGAGGCACUGCAGUCAGCACCACCACCAACACUCAGACACCCUCCAACACAACACCAGGAGGCAGCUCAGCAUCCAUCACAACCACCCAGCCUCUCACAUCUACAGCCACCUCAGGAGGCACUACAGUCACCACCACCACCACCACCAACAUUCAGACAUUCUCCAACCCCACACCAGGAGGCGGCUCAGCAUCCAACACAAACAGCCAGUCUCUCACAACUACAGCCGCCUCAGGAGGCACUACAUUCACCACCACCACCAACAUUCAGACACUCUCCAACUCCACACCAGGAGGCGGCUCAGCAUCCAAUACAACCACCCAGUCUCUCACAACUCAGUCCACCACAACAACUUACCCAUCUGGAGGUAUUGCAGCCACCACCACCUGAUAUCCCAUCACAACUAGCACCCCGGGAGGCUGACUGCCACUAACCAGUCCCCCACAUCCACCAACUCAACAAUCACUGCCAAUUCUUCACCUUCAAUAUCUAUCACUUCUAAUUCUCCUCUUUUUCUUUAGCUUCUACCACAGCCAUGAACCAGUCCAGCCUCGCCACGACGGCCUCAGGUGGAAUGACCAAUGGAACCAC